AUGAUUGCAGACGCUGGCGAUGUUGCAUUCAACAUCUGUGCAUUCCUGUCCACUCUAUUUGCCUUGGAGUAUGGCGCCGACACUUUUGUCAAGCACACGGCCAUUGUGGCGACGCGCAUUGGCAUCUCGCCUGUGCUAGUUGCGCUCUUUACCGCCGGCGCCGAGUGGGAAGAGCUUACAGUCGUUCUCGGGGCCUUGGCCCAGAAGCGCGCCUCGCUCGCCCUUGGUAAUGUCGUGGGCUCCGCCAUCUCCAACAUCCUGGGUGCCUUUUCGCUAGGCCUACUCUUCUACGAGCGCGGUCGCACCAUUGCGUUUGACCGCAGCGCACGCAUCUAUUCGCUGCUUCUGCUUGCGCUGACCACGGCCGUAGUGCCCAUCAUUUACUACCCCAAGCCGAUUGUCUGGCUCAUUUCUGGGCCUGUUCUGAUCACAACGUUUUGCGUCUACUUUGGCAUCGCCACUGCUGCCAUUGUGCAAGGCGUGCUGACGGCUCCGGACUCUGACAGCGACUCUGACUCUUCAACUGGCAGUGUCAAUGACAUCGAUGAAGAAGAUCUUGUUGAUAGCACCACUGGUCUCCUCUCUGGUCAGCAGAACGAGACGUCAACUCGCCGUCAGAGCCACACCCUGACUUAUCAUACGGCCUACCUUCUCUUUGGCUUAUUUGCCAUCUCCCUCGCUGGUUAUGUCCUCUCAAGGGCAGCCAUCAACAUUGUCGAUGCAUUCGAAAUUAGCGACGUUCUUUUUAGCGUUAUAUUCAUUGCCCUGGCCACAACGCUGCCUGAAAAGUUCAUCGCUGUCAUCAGUGCGCAUCUCGGGCAGCCUGGCAUUCUCGUCGCCAAUUGCGCAGGCAGCAACAUCUUUCUCCUGUCACUGUGCUGCGGCAUUAUCAUGACAGCGACCAAGGGCGACUUGGAUAGGGGCAGUAUCGAGUUAUUUGAGAUCGCGGCUCUUUGGGUAUCGACUGCAGCCUUUACACUGACAGUCUGGUUUGGGGCGCGGUUCGCUCCCUGGAUCGGCGCCGUCAUGUUGGUGGCAUAUGUCGCGUUUAUCGUCUUGGAAUUUACCGUGGUGCACAUAAAUGACUAA